AUGAGUCGAGCAGAUAAGCAGCAGCACCAGGAGCACGUGGUCGGCACCUCCCGUGACACGAGCGUCCGUCUGUUCGCCUUCGCCAACACCCGCCCCGGCUACCAGGUUGUGUUUGCCCCAGAAAAGCCGCUCAUUGUUCUCAAGUCGAAGAAUUCAGCGACUCCGCUGCACCCGUGCCUUCAGUGGGAGCCACUGAGCACGCUGGUGUUCCAGGCGCGCCCCAACACCACGCACGCCGUCUACGUAGCGGACACUACCAAUCUUAGCAGCGUCGCCACGUAUGAUCAGGAGGAACACGUCAACGGCGCCGCUGUCGGGCCGCUGCUGAAGCGGCUCAGCAACGCCAUUACGCGGCUAAACCCACACAACGCCACCAUGGUGGCGGCUGGGGUGUCGGGCCACCUCGCCAUGAAGUACGUGCUUGUGGGCGAGAAGACGCUGGGCCACCGUGAUCGACUCGUGCAGCGACUCGUGCUCUUGUGCCCCACCUCCCUGAGCGCCCUCACCGCCAUGACGAACGCCGUGGUCAAACGCCCCGCUGUAGGCGGUUAUCAGCUUCCAGAGGUAGUCGUGCUGCUCAAGGAGCAGGCAGAGGUUCCUGGAUGGUCUGCAUGGCUGACGGCGCUGCAGGACGUGCACCACCGCAUCUCAUCCUUUCGCGUCACCACAGACUUAGGGCCGUCCCUUUUCGCGGCCAUCGUGCGCGAGGCGGGGCUUGCGGAGGCGGACGGCACGGUGGUCGACGUGCAGCAGCGCUACGCGGCACCGCGCGUGUAUCGACUGGACUUCGUGCUGAGCAAGCAGACAAAGAGCGUAGAGCAGCUGCCACGGCUGAGCCCGCUCGACACGCUCGGUUACGACGACGCCGCCGAGGACGAUGGGGAUGAGGCGCACGGCCGCCACCACGCGCACCACCACGGCCACAGCCACGGGCACGGCGCGCCCCAUCACCACCACCGUCACGACCACGCCGCGGAUGAGGACGACUACGAAGACGCCGGCAGCAGCGACGAGGAAAGCGAAUUUGAAGAGGGUGCGGAUGACGCUGCUGCUGGUGAUUCCGCAGGUGCCAUCGAGUCGUGCUGUGGAUGCGGCAGCGAGGGCUGCGGUGGUGACCGGGUGCACGGCGCAGAGGCGGCAGUGAGCGACAGCGCUGGCAGUAUGCUGGUGAGCGGUCUUCACGGCCUCGCCAACUGGUGUGAUCCGGUGCGCGUCAUCGUGGAGGGCCGCGUUCUAGACCUAGGGACCGGCUUGGUCGGCACGACAGACGGUUGCGUGGAGGUGACGAACUUGCCGGCGAUGAUCGCAGCGGACUCGACACUCACCGCGUGGCACGCGCGAGCCGCAUCAACUGGCCAGCGAGCGAAGCAGCGGAGGCCACCUGCAGUGGCGGUGGCCGGUGUGCUGAGCCGUGACAAGGAGGGCCGCACAACGCUGCGCGCCGAGGAGGCGCGGCCGCUCACCAAGGCGGAGGUGCUGCACUCCAUGACGGCCGGCAGCUCCAUUGAAGAGAUUCCGGUGUACUAUAACACUUCUCGCAUUGCACACGGCUACGGUGCGCUGCUGAUUCGCGGCCGAAAAUGUGCGCUGGUGCGCAACGUAGGAGAUGCGAUGGCCGCACACAUGUACAUUCCUUUUGCGCCUCACAGCCGCACUGAGGAGUCGUGCGUGGACUGCGCCGUGCGUGCCCUCUGCGAUGCGUGCGAGGUGAGCAGCGACAACUUUUUCCUGCCCAGCUAUUUGCCGCCGGUGGUCUACUACCCCACGGCGGCCACGGCCAGCGCGGACCACGUCGGGCCACGGUGUGUGACCAUCUACACUGCCUUGGCGAUCAGCCCCCCUCCACGCGGCGCCGCCAGCGAUGCCGUCGAGGACGCGCCAGAGCCCGAGGAGCCGUACGACUGGGUGAGCUUUAGCCGCGCACUGGCACUGGUGGAGACGCAGGCAGAGCGUGAGGCGCUGCAGGAGGCACAGCGCCACCUGGAGCGGGCGCACAAGGCUGGGCUGUACACUCCCGUCAAGGGGUGCGGCCUCUUUGGCGAGGGUGUGAAGCCACAUAGCGGUGCUGCUGUCGGUGCUGUUCUGCCCAAGGCGACUCUGAAUGGUAUUCCAUCCCGGGCCGGACAGCGUCUCAAGACGCUGUCCGGUAUCGAGUUUUACGUGAUUGUAUGCCCUGGUGGUGCGGCAGCUGAGCUGACACCGCCGCUUACUCAGGCGCUACACACGAGCUGCUCGCUCGUGUGCGGCGAAGAUACGACCACCUCAUCUAUCGAGGACAUCGCCGCAGAAGCUCAGUGGCGCGGCGAGCGACACGUCUUGCUGCUGCUGGGCGGGAACGAUGACGCUGCGGCUUUCUGUGAGGCCCACCUGGUCUAUCUGAAGGAGAAGCGACAGGCGACGGCGCAGGUGUUCACGGUCUUGCUGCCGCAAACCGCGACGUCGAUCACCGAGCUCGGCGGCGGGGUGCUCGCCUCCGAGGUGGAGGCGCGACUGGACUCUCUUCUCUCCGCCGUGCGCGUCUCGGAUGCUCUUAUCACGAUGGUGCCGCCGAAGGAACUUUCCCGCGGCGAGCAGGCUGUCCUGCAGGUCUGCUGCAAAGCAAACCCUGACCUCAUGCUCUUCUACAGCUGGGAGGCGCGUCACCCCUUCACCGUGUGCGACCAAACGCCGUCGGAGAGCGGCAGCGCCAGCGAGGCCGGCGCCGCGCCGGUCCUGAAGGAGAUGAAGGUUCGCACACGCGCCGGCGUGCCUGUUGCCCCUGCUGCCCUUGCCUUUCUCACCCACACAGGAGCGCUAGACUGCUUCUAUGCGGCGGGGGAGUGUCGCCUGCUGUUUGCGCACGGCGACGUGUGGGUACCCACCCGCGGCUCGACGCAGGGCUUUGUGUACCUGGAUGUUGUGUCGCACUGCCUGGCCGUGGAGCCGGGCAAGGAGUGGGCGAGUGAGAGCGACACAGACCGCACGAGUGAGCUGACGCUGUUUGUGUGGUGCGCCAAUGAUGCCGCAGCGGGCACGGCUGCCGUGCAUGCGGCUACGCUCGAGAAGCAGCUGCAGUGGAGUGAGGCGAGGGACGGCACUGACUGGCUGCUAGCGUAUGAUCCCCUGCCCCAGUGGGACUAG